GUAUUGGUGCUCGUUCUGGAGGCGCCGGGGACGCUGCAGAGGCACUGGUUCCCAUCGAGCAAGCUGAAGAAAUUCGGUCUCUUCCGUGAUUCCAUCAGAACUAUUAUGGAAACGUUUAGACGUGACAACAUGAAAGUCGUUUUCUUCGGAAGAACGAGCAAUGGUAAAAGUACCACGAUCAAUGCGAUGCUUCAUGCCAAAAUUCUUCCACAAGGAAUGGGUCAUACGACAUGCUGUUUCUUACAGGUACAAGGCUGUGAUGAGGAUACCGGUUAUCUUUUGCACGAAGAUGAUCCUACUCGUAUACCUAUCAGUCAGCUGAGUAAAAUUGGUCAUGCCCUGAGUAGCGACAAUUCCGAUUUACCAGCUAUGGGUCAAGAUUCGCUGCUUCGCGUGUUCUAUCCCAAAGGUCAUGGUGAAGGAGAGAAUCGUCUACUGCAAAAUGACGUGGUUAUCCUGGAC